CUUUUAUUUUUUCAUUUUUCAGAGCUUCAGCCGAGAAUUGGAGGUGCCCAAUACAUCCGAUGGGGCCAAACUACUUGCCCCAACGCAGAAGCCGAGGCUACUGUGGUCGGGGUGAUGGCUACCUCAGAAAUUGUCCAAGAUGGUGGAUCCAGUCAGUUUGUCUGCUCAGCACUUGAUCCUACUCAUGUCGAUCCCAAAGAUUACUUCAAAAAUUUUCCUGGAGACGACGAUCCUGAAGACCAUCUUCUUGUGGGUCCAAUGAGGUACAUGGGAGAUAUGAAAAGAUUUAAGAGUAUGUUCAUGAAGGAGAUUGCCUGCGUCCGAUGUCGAGUUGCCAUUCGGACCACGGUUCUCAUCAAAGCUGCUGACAAAUCUUGUCCAAGCGAUAAAUGGACCAAAGAGUACGAAGGAUAUUUGAUGGCUCCUGGGAUGACGGCCAACAAGGGCGAAUACAUAUGCAUGGACAAAGACAUGAAACAGCCAGAUGGAGAGGUGAAAUUCGGUAACAGUGAAAUGUCUCAUUCUCCAGAGAUCCAGGAAGUGGCUAUCGAGUGCGGGUCUCUACCAUGCAAGCCUUACGAGGCCAACAAACCCAUACCUUGCGUUGUCUGUACUAUUUAGAGAACUACCAAGUUGCUGUAAUUUGUUAGAUUACUUAUAUUCGCCUUUGUGUAUCAAGUAAUAUAAUGAAUUGCAUUGUCAAUGAAAUUAUUUAUUAAUUUUUUUUUCGAUAUGAAGUUAUAUUUUUAUGAAGUUGGAUGUAUUAUUAUUUAUCAUCGUUUAGAGUACUUUAUAUGUCUGAAAUAAAUGCUCAAAAUUUCUCGUAUAUAUGAAAAACUCUGCCUUGAAAUUCACUUAAAUUAGCAAUUCUUGGAAUUAAGAAUUUUUCUCGGCAAUUCGUAAAUUCGAUUUUUUUAAGUUAAAAUUAUUUU